AUGCCGAAAGGUAGGAUUUCAGGUCUUUUGGCAAUAGAAGGCAUAUUACUAAUUGAUUCUUUGGCCAUUUUGUGUUCGAAUUCUAAACCGGCGAGGCGCUGCUGGAUGCUUCUGAUCAAUAGAACACGAAGAAGAAGAUCAAAAAAGGUUAUGAUGAGCUUGAGUCGAGUCAAUAAAAAGCUUAUGAUGAGCUUGAGUCGAGUCAAUAAAAAGCUUAUGAUGAGCUUGAGAAGAGAGAUGCACAGAGGAAGAGAACGAACGUCAGCUUUGUUUUUCUCUCUUUUGAAACGCAUUUUUCUCAGUCUCACUGUCCUUUUGCUUACUCCUAUCCUUUUACACUUUAAUUGGGACUUUUCUUUGGAAGCCGCUUUCUUUGCUCCAUUUCGUCAGCGACUUUUUUGA